UAUUUUCACUUCACUUUAACCUUUUCCAUCUUAAAUUUUUAUUUACUUUUUUAUUCCGAACAAUUAAAUUAAAUUAUCACGAUGAGUUUUUACUAUUUUAUUAAUUGUAUUGCUCUCAUAUUUGUUCCGCUGUUUUUCGUGUACAAAUUCACUCUACUGUCUGAAUAUGGAUCAAUUUACCGGUGUUCCUUUGCUCUAUUCGCUUACAUAAUUACACAAAUAAUUAAACUGUUAAUUAUGGCAACACUUUCAGUUCCUGCUUUUCUUUUCGACCAAGCAAUUGAUUGUUUGGGCCUUUAUUAUGUUCUUAUGAAACAACAGAAAGCCAGUUUAGCUCAGGUGAAAAUUUUAGGUGUUGCUGUCGGAUGGAGUUUCGGUGAAUCUCUUCUAACACGUGUAAUUGAUCUUUAUGUAAACGCUAGAUCGAUGCAAUUUGACUGGAGGCACAUAAUUAGUGCAAUGGAAGCCAAUAUCACUUUGAUCCAAAGUAUUUGUGCUUGUACACUCAUUUGGAACUGGUCCAGAGGAUCCAAUAAAGUUCCCCUCAUCGUGUUAAUUGCUUAUUUUAUUGGUCAAUCAUUAAUAGGGUCAAGCUUCAUGUUAAAAGCAUGUUUGGUCUCAAUAUUUGCUGUUUCUACACUAAUUGUCUCAAGCUAAAUAAUCAUUUUUCAUUACUUUUGUAAUUUUGCAACAAAUAUCCUUAGAAUUGUCAAUAUUUAUUGUGUUAAAUUAACUUUUUUCAUCAACAAACCAAA